AUACAGCCUACUCAGUCAUGUGACUUCCACAAUACAAAUCCCCUAAUCGCCACUCGCAAAAAGGCUUGAACUUUGAAGGCACUUUAAGAUAAUUUCUAUAUUCUAUGUAACCCUUCAAGGCUUCAACAAGAAAAUUAGAACCGAAAUAGCCUUUCUCUUCCUUGUUCGCUCAGUGUAGCACCCCGCAAUUAUUGGCCAGAUUUCUGUCUCUCUGUUGGGAGCUGGACUUGAAUCUUUGCUUCGCUUUGACUGAGGAGAGGACUUUCACUGAACGGAGUUUUUGGUAGAGAAAGAGCAAUGUCACUCAGACCCAGUUCGCGUACUGAGUCGCGAAAGAAAUCGUACAAGAGUGGCGUCGAUGGAGACGAGGCUCGCCGAAGAAGAGAGGACAAUUUGGUUGAGAUCAGGAAGAGCAAGCGAGAGGACAGUCUUCUUAAGAAAAGGAGAGAAGGGCUUCUUCUUCAAUCUCAGAAUUCAAAUGACCUUAAUGCUGGGAUCGAGAAAAAGUUGGAAAAUCUAUCUGCAAUGGUACAAGGAGUAUUGUCAGACAACCCUACCCUACAGUUGGAAGCUACCACUCAGUUCAGAAAGCUAUUGUCAAUUGAGCGCUGCCCUCCCAUCGAUGAGGUCAUAAAAGCAGGUGUUGUUCCUUGCUUUGUGGAGUUCCUGGAUAAGCAUGAUUUGCCUCAGCUGCAAUUUGAGGCGGCUUGGGCAUUAACAAAUAUUGUGUCUGGGACAUCAGAACACACACGAGUUGUUAUAGACCAUGGUGCUAUACCCAAAUUUGUGCAACUUCUUGGCUCUGCAAAUGAUGAUGUCCGAGAACAGGCAGUGUGGGCACUGGGCAAUGUUGCUGGUGACUCUCCUAGUUGUAGGGAUCUUGUUCUUAGUCAUGGCGCUCUAAUGUCAUUACUUGCACAAUUCAACGAGCGCUCAAAACUAUCAAUGCUACGGAAUGCUACCUGGACAUUAUCAAAUUUUUGCCGUGGAAAGCCACCAGCUCCAUUUGAGCAGGUUAGGCCUGCAUUGUCAGCCCUUCAACACCUUAUCUACUCAACUGAUGAUGAAGUGUUAACUGAUGCCUGCUGGGCACUUUCUUAUCUUUCUGAUGGCACAAAUGACAAAAUUCAGGCUGUGAUAGAGGCAGGCAUUUCUCCACGACUUGUAGAGCUUCUACUUCAUCCAUCAACAACAGUCCUUGUACCUGCACUUCGAACUGCAGGAAACAUUGUCACGGGUGAUGAUGCCCAGACCCAGUGUAUAAUUGACAACCAAGGGCUUCCUUGUCUCUACCAACUUCUUACUCAAAACUACAAGAAGAGCAUCAAGAAAGAAGCUUGUUGGACAAUUUCAAAUAUCACUGCUGGGAAUAGAAAUCAAAUUCAGGCUAUAAUUGAUGCAAACAUCAUUGCUCCUCUCGUACACUUGCUACAACAUGCUGAAUUUGAAGUCAAAAAGGAGGCAGCAUGGGCAAUUUCCAAUGCCACUUCUGGGGGAACCCAAGAACAGAUUCAACACUUGGUGAGCCGAGGCUGCAUAAAGCCACUCUGUGAUCUCUUGGCUUGUCCUGAUCCAAGAAUUAUAACAGUAUGCCUUGAAGGUCUAGAGAAUAUUCUGAAGAUCGGUGAGACUGAUAAGGAGUCAGGCAAUACCCAAGUCAAUGUCUAUAGACAUAUGAUCGAGGACUGUGAUGGGUUAGAUAAAAUUGAAAAUCUGCAGAACCAUGAUAACCAGGAGAUCUAUGAAAAAGUUGUGAAGAUUCUGGAAAGGUAUUGGAUCGAGGAAGAGGACCCAGACCAGGAUAUUGCAGAUGGCAUUGAUGGAAGCUUGAGCUUUGGAACGAACCAGCCUAGCCUUCCCUCAGGAGGAUUCAAAUUUUAGCUGAAAAUAGUUGAAAUGUAUUUGCGUGUAAACCAUCGUGUGCCUUUGAUCUUAUUUUAUGUUGAAAUUAGACUUUUUUUUUUUAUAUUAUAUAUAUAAAAGAUAGUAGCAUUUCUUAGAAUA